AUAUGUUGGGGGAAAGCGAGCGGUUUGUGGUCUGCUCUCGCUUGGCACUUCACGGAGAGAGAGAGAGACAGAGACACAAGCAGCAAUAAAAACACACAGGGCAACACACAAGCAAAGUAGCGUGUUUCUCGUUUUAGACAGGAGGUUUUUCUUCCCUUGUUUGUUUUUAAACACACGAUUCAGUCGUGGCAAACUAAAAGCCUCGCUUUGCACUACAGGAUCUCGGUAGGUCCUCAAAUGAAAGAUCAACUGCGACUCAAAACUUCAGAAAUAGAAAUGUCUGCGACCAUCCUGUCCGGUUUCUACGACAUCGACAUGCUGUACAAGGACAAGACUCUGAACAUGAACGCGCUCCAUCUCAACAGUAUGUUGGACAAGAAAGCGGUGGGAGCGCCGGUCACGUCUUCGUCCCUGGCGACUAACUGCUCGUACGCGCAGGGAUUUUUCCGGCGCAACUCGACGAGUAACGCUGACUGCGCAAACAACGGCAACAAAUACUCGAUCCCCUGCUACAGCAACGCGAAGGAGAGUUCGAGCAGCACCGCCAUCAUGAACAAGGAGAACAAGUACCGCGAGCGCGCCUACAGCGACACGGGGGAGCGCAGUCAACAGCUGCAGGCGCUGCAGCAGAAACCCGGCUCGCAGAUCAACUCGACGCGCUACAAGACCGAGCUGUGUCGGCCCUUCGAGGAGAACGGCGCCUGCAAGUACGGCGAGAAGUGCCAGUUUGCGCACGGCUACCACGAGCUGCGCAGCCUGUCCCGCCACCCCAAGUACAAGACAGAGCCGUGCCGCACCUUCCACACCAUCGGCUUCUGCCCCUACGGCCCGCGCUGCCACUUUAUCCACAACGCGGAAGAGCGCCGACCCGCGCCGGCUAACGCCAAUACCAGUAUGCCGCCCGAGCUGAAGUCCAACCGGGAUCUGAUUCAGCAACAGUCUGCUGUCGCCGCUUUUCGAGACCGACCCAAGCUCCACCACAGCCUGAGUUUCUCCGGCUUCUCCACACAACACGGUCUGGACUCCACUCUCAUGGACAGCCCCACAUCCCGCACUCCUCCGCCUUCUUCUUCCUCCGACAGUUCCCGGUCCAGCGGGCCCAUUUUUGAAGACGUUCUAGCGCCGAGCGCUAAUGGCGCCUUCUCCUCAUUCGCCACGGCGCAGGACCUGAAGGCGCUGCUCGCCGUGCACGCGCACACACAUGCUAAUUACCAGUCAACCCCGGCUUACUACAGCAACUUCCAGUCCGCCAUGGGACCCCCUUCUCCGCCCUUCAACCUCGGUCCUUUGCAGGCCCUUCAGCGCCUGUCCGAGUCGCCGGUGUUCGACUCGCCCCCCAGCCCCUACGACUCCAUGUCGGACCGGGACAGCUACGCCAGUGGCUCUCUCAGCUCUUCAGGAAGUCUCAGCGGCUCCGAGUCACCCAGCUUGGAGGCCGGGAGACGUUUGCCAAUCUUCAGCAGGCUGUCGAUUUCUGAUGACUAAGAUGUUAAUGGUCGUGUUUUUGUUUUGUAAUGGGAUUUUUUUUUUUUUGCCCCGUUCUUUAUUUCUUUAACGGACUGGAGGACUUCCGAAAGUUAACCGUUAUUAAAAUGGCGUCUCUUCAGCGCUGUGUAAACUAGACGAACUUUAAAGAAACAACCAGGGGCAGGUGACUCGCCAGACCCUCGGUGUGGCAUUAGUUAUUAUCCUAUUUUUAUUUCUUUUCUUUUUUUUCAGCUUGAACCGAUAGCUAUGAAAGUAGAUAUCGACCGAAGGCAUUCCACCGGUGACUUUGACCAGCAUACAGUCGCAGUGUUAUGGCUUAGGAGACCAUCACACUUUCCGGAGACAUGGUGUAUUUUUUUGGGGGGGGGGGGGGGUUCUUUCGUGCACACAUCUUUUUGACCGUGAAAGACAGAAAGAUUUAACAAUUUUCCCCCUCUGUUUUACCAAGAAUAUGCCUUGACAUUAAAAAGUAGCCUAUGUAUGCGCUUCUGAAAGCUUACAAAUUGUUCACACAAACUUCCAUUCCAAAAAAGUUUGUCAGUCACAGCGCCACCCAGUGGUUCGGUUGGGUUGGUUUAGUUUUUGUUGCUUAGCUGAAGCACUCUUGUUCGGUCUGUUGGGAAAAUCACUGCUGAUGGUUGAAUUUAUAUAUAUAUAUAUUUUUUAGCUGUUUGAGCGAUUCCAUAGCAGUACAUAACUGGCUAUGACCUAUUUAACUUAUUUAUUAUCUUGUGAAAAAAAAGUAUAGGCUACAUUUUGGUAAUUGUGUCCAUACUGUAUUUAUCAAGUAUGUUGAAGCAAUAGAUCUAUAUUCUUUUAUGUUUAAAUUAUGAUCGCCAUUAUUAAUCUACAUAAAGUGGAGUGUAUGUUUUUCUUUUCUUUUUUUUUCCACAGUAAUAUAUAUUUUUUUUUUUGUUUGGUCUUUUGUAACUUCACUUCGUUAUUUUAUUGUAAAUGAGUAAAAAAAAAAAAAAAAGCCUAAUUUAAGAGAUUGUAUGUGAUAUUUAUUUCAUUAAUUUUGUUUUUGUUUACGUACCUUAAAAAAAACACACAUUUGCUUGAUUUGUUGGGAUGUUGCUUAUGGAAGACUUUUUUUUUUCCCCAACCUCCAUUGUUUUUGAAAAAUCCAUUGUUGCCCCCCACUUUCAUUUGUUGUUCCAUUUGUUUUUUUUUUUUUUAAAUCAAAGCUAUGUCUGUAGAAUGUAUAAAACCAUGUGGUUGUCUAGACACCGUCCAAACUAGUAGUGAUUUUUUUUUUUGUUUGUUUGUUUUAUUUAAUUAAGAAAAGUCAUACUUGUGUGACCAUGAUCCCAAGUGAAUAAAUUAACCAAAAAGUAUUUUCUUUUUCUUUUUUAUUGUAAUGCACAGCGCCAGGCAAGGACUCCUGCCACGUGCUUUAAGAAUGUAGCAAUCCCACACCCCAGUAUUACUGCCUUAGUGCCUAAGGGGUCCACCACCAUACAUGCCUUAUUGUUAACCAAAUAAAGUAUUUUGAUACAACUCAUUGUUUUAUACAUACAGAAGCUGAAUGUAGGUUUGAAAACUUUUUUGGAAGGUUGUUACCACUUGUUAAAAGAGGGGCCUUGGAGCAACCAGCAAAGCGUUCCCCCCCUCCCCAUGUGUUUUUAUUUUAUUUAUUUAUUUUUACUUUAAAUUCCUAUACACUUUAGUCAAAUUCUUUUGUUCUCUCGAUCGCCUUUUGAUAUGGUUUUGGUCUAAGGGUUCUGAACUUGUGGCAUAGACAAGAGAUUGAACACAUUUUGCUUGUACAUAGUAGGUACAAGGGCUGGGCACUAUGUACUAUUUUUAUUUUUUUCCUCCCUUGACUACUUUUAUCAGAAGUAAAGCUUAUUGAAUGUAACUUAAAAAUGGACAAAAAAGACGACGAGUUAUCCUUUUUAUUUCUUUUCGAGGGGGGAUUCAGUUCACUACAAGUUGCGUGUGAGACUGUUAACUUUGUACUGUACAUUUUUGUAGUUCUCCCAAUAAAAUAAUUUGCAAAAAAAUAAAAGGUAUGCACAAA